AUGAAAGUACUCCACAGCCUCACGCUACUACUAAUCACCACCCUUCCUUCCAUCAUCUCGGCAAUGACAUUGCUGGGCCCCAAAUCCACGGCCAAUCAAGUGUACAAUUACUUACUAUCAUUGGAUCCAAACCACGAUCAAUCAUCAUUCGCACCCUAUGUACAGAAUGGAGGCACCGCCGUUAUUACGGGAAGUUCCGGAAUUGGUGGGGAGACCAUCAAGACUUUGGUCAAUGCCGGCAUGACGGUAGUCGUCUGCGUAAGAAAUGUCAAAGCCGGAAACGAGCUCAAGCAAUCCUUAUUGAUGGACCAACCACAACAGCAACAGCAGCAGCAACAACAACCACAACCACAAGAUCGCAUCGAUGUUCAAUACAUGGACUUGUCGGAUCUAAGUUCGGUACAAGAAGCCGCCAACACUAUUUGUGAAAAAUACGGAACCAUCGAUUGUUUGAUCAACAAUGCGGGAAUCAUGGCGUUGAAACAACGAACAGAAUCCAAGGACGGGAUCGAACUGCAGUUUGGAACCAACCACGUUGGUCAUCACUUUUUGACUCGCUUACUGCUCCCAAACAUGAACCAAGAACACGGACGAAUCAUCAACGUGGCCUCUACGGCCCACACUAUGGCUCGAGAACCCUUGACCGAUUGGGAAUCCAAAGACUCGUAUUCCCCAUGGGGGGCCUAUGGAAAGAGCAAACUCGCCAAUAUCCUCUUUACCAAGCAAUUGCAAUCCGAACUGGAUGAUUAUUACAGUGCGGAUGGUUGUGCGAUCAAAUCGGUUUGUUUGCAUCCCGGUGUGAUCAAGUCUCCGCUUUGGAAACACACCGUGCCUUGGUUUUUGCAACCAGUCGUGGGCCUCAUUGCCAACAAGAAUCUAGAACAAGGAGCGGCGACGACCAUCUACUGUGCCAUGGCUCGGCUUGUGGAAAAGGGGGCCUACUACGAUAACUGCGCGGUUACGGAACCAACGGCAACUGCCCAAAGCGACAAGUUGCGAAUGGAAUUGUGGGAGUAUACCGAAAGUCUUUUGGCUCAGAAGGGUUUUCAACUUCCCAAAAUGCAGGAAAAGGCCAAAGCUGCUCCCGUUUCGACAGAAUAA